AUGGCUGAGGUGGCGCCUCCGCCGGCGCUGCACACGCAGAAGGAGCGCAAGGAAAUCAACGGAGUGCCGACGGACAUCGCCGUCUCCAUCUUCGCGGACCGCGUCUUCAUCGUAGCGACGCAGCUGGGCACCUUCGGCACGCUCGUGGAGGCGCACCAGAAGGAUUCGAUCAGCGGCAAGCUCCAGCCCGAUAUCCACGUCCGUCUCGGGCGGCGCGAUGACCCGCUGCUGCUGGUGUACGCGCGGCAGUUCCUGGAGCAUUUCGGCGUUCCUGUCGGCCUGCCGAUCCUGGCGGCCAUCGGACUGAAGGAUCGGUCGUCGGACACGUUCGAAGUUGUGAUGCAGAGUGUGAAGGAGCUGUUCGCUAAGGCCCAGAGCGCACAGGGCGAGCCGUAAAUUGUGUAGAGGCUAAUAGGGAACGUGAUGCUUUGGAUCCAGCUCCCAUACAUGGGGAAAAUAUCAUUUGGAUGGUACAACUGGAUCUGGACCUCGUCGAGCAAAGGACAGCCCUUCAACGCAGCUUGCGCGUCGGUAGCAAGGAAGCCGUAGCUUGGGCGUUCGCUGAAAUCUUGAGCAUAAAAAACUAAAUGUCGU